AAAAUUAGAAAUAAAAAGAAAAGUGCUAUUCUUCAGCAUUUCCCAAUGACCAAACUGACAAUUUCCAAAAUCUCUGAUUCCUUUUAUGCAUAACGUCUGACUGUUUCACGUCGCAUUUCAGUGAAUUUCUCCCUCUCUCAACCCAUCACUCUCACAAAAUCUGCAUGUCGAAUACAAAUACCGCCACCCACCCUCUCAUUUCUUUAUUCAAACAACUCCUCUAUUCAUAAUCUCCAUUUUUAUUUUAUCCAUUCACUACUUUUUAAUUUAAGAUUUUGUCGGUUUUGUUUUUGAAUCUCCACCAUCUCUGCCCCUAUAUAUUCAUAAUCCCUCAUAACCUCUGUUUUCAGUCAUCAUAGAGAGAGAAACAAAAAGUCAUGCUUCUCUUCUGAUCCAACAACAUUAACCCUAAUCAUCUUCCUCUUCUAUCAACCACUCCAUGCAAUUCUGAAUAAGUUUCCAAAUUUUCUUUGAACCAAUUGCUAGCACAAGUUUUUUUAUUAUGGCUGUUCAAGCUCAGCUCUACGCUGAAAAUUUUGGUCUGCCGAUGUUUGGCUUGCAAGAUUGGAUUAUGAGUAAUCCGGCUGAAGCGGACCUUUGCUUCGGUUUUCAAGAAUCACAGCAGCAAAAUCUUUCUCUUCAGCAACCAAACUCUCUUAAUUUUGGAUUUGAUUGCGACAGAGGUUCAUGGCCGCCGCCGUGUUCUUCAUCGUCGACGUCCGAUACUUUUAUUGCUCUCUGUCGAUCUUUAGGCGCUGAUCAUCUCGAAAUGCAACGGCAAGAAGUUGACUACAUUCUUCAGUUACAGAAUGAACGGCUAAGAUGUGCAUUACAAGAAGAAAGAAAGCAACAAUUUGCUAUCUUAUUAAAAAAUGUAAAUUCAAAAGCUGUGAGUUUAAUGAGGCAAAAGGAAGAAGAUUUAGCCAAAGCAAGAAACAAAACAAUGGAGCUUGAAUCAUAUUUACGAACAGCGCAGAUGGAAACUGAAUCAUGGCAGAGAUUAUCAAGAGAAAACGAGGCAUUAGUUAUUAAUCUAAGCCACACUUUAGAACAAGUAAAACAACGACAAAUCAUAUCAAGAACCAGUAGCAGACAAAGCCAAGAAACUGAGUCAUCUUGCUGCGGUGGUUCAUGCAAAAAGGAAGAAAAUCCGGCGGAAUUAAGAGCAAAAAUGGUGUGUAAAGGGUGCAAUUCUAGGGCAUCGUGCGUGCUAUUUCUGCCUUGUAAACACCUCUGCUCGUGCAAAUUUUGCGAGGCUUUUUUGAGCUCUUGUCCUGUCUGUGAAUCUGUAAAGGAAGAAAGCAUGGAGGUUUUUUGGGUCUAGCAAAACCAAAAGUAUGUUAAGAAAAGAAAACAAGAAUAUGGCAAAAAUGGUCAAUUUUUGUUGGUAAAAAAAGGUACAUGUUCAGUGUAAUUACGGUGUUUUCUUAGGCUCUUUUAAGGACUACGUUUUGCAGAUUUUCUCUGUACUUGUUACCGUGUUCUGACCUAUAUAUGUGCAAUGAAAUGAUGGUUGUGCAUCAGAAUAUUUUGUU